UUGGUGAUGGUAAAUUCCCGUAACUUGUUAAAAAUUUGUUUAUGCAUCAUUUUGCUGUCGUAUGCUGUUGUAAGUACAAAAACUAGAUCAGUGUCAUGUCACUGUUAAGGUCACUGGACAGGUAACUGGCUAGGUCACUGUUAAUGUUACUGUCAAGUUUUUGUCACUGACAAUGUCACUGUUGUAUUUGCAUAUGUCAUUGGUUAUGUUUGUGAUAUUCAUAUGGGUAAGCAGCUGUUUGAAAAAUAACUAACUAGUUUUCUAUUUUUAUUUUUUAUUUUCCAAACAGUAUUGGUUUUGCCACAAGACAGGAGUAGUGCCGCCAAUCUCUGGAAGAGAAACCGAAAAACACGGAAUAAGAAAGUGGCAGUUAAAGACCCUGAUAGAAAAAAAAGGGGAUUUCAACACCAUGGGAAAGUUGAAGAAAAUCUUUGAUAAAGUUAAAGAAGAUGCAGAGGAAGAAGAUUCUGAGUCUAAUACAGACACAGAAAGUAAAGAAAAAGAGAAUGAUGGGCAAGAAGAUAUUGUUGAAAAUAGAACCAGUGGAAACAUUAAGGAUGAGAAGAUGGAGACAGAGAUAGGGAAGAACAAUGAAGAGAAGAAGGAAUUACAGAGAAAGCUGGAGGGAAAGGAAGAAGAGCUAAGUGCUUUGAAAAAAGAAGUUGAGGAGAAGGACAAGGAAAUUGGCAGAAUAAAUGAAGAGAAUGAGGAUGUGUUAUUGGAAAAUGAGGUGCUGAAAAUUGAGAAAGCCUCACUAAUUAACAGAGUGAAGCACUUGGAGGGCAUAGUGAUGGCACUAACUGAGAAGUUUGAGUCGCCAAUAGCACGUCCAGGUGAUGACAACGACUCAACUCCUCCUCCCCCACCACCUAGUUUCCCUCCGCCAAAACCAAAGGCCCCUCAGGACAAGCCAACUGACAGCAAGCACUCCAAAAACACAAAAUCUCAAGGUGGUAGUCAGGGAACUCAAUCACAACCUGCCUGCUCCACAGCAAGCGCAUCUGAGAUGGCAUCUGCAGCACCUCACUCAACCGACCAAGGACAUCAGUCACCACUUCAAUGCCUUGCCCAAGCAGCUGCACAGAUUCAUUCACCAACCUCUCCUGAGGUUAAAUUGAGAAUGACGGAAGAUGCUUGUACACCGAACACUGCUUGGGUUAAUGCAUUGUUUGUGUUUCCACCUCCGGGCGUGUUUCAAACUCCACCUCCAAGAAAAGUCAGUUUGGAAGAUAUGCAAGCAGAGCCAAACAAGUAUCAGAUCAUUAUAUCACCAGAGGUUCAGCCUGUUUUUGACGUCGAACCAGUCAAUUACAUUCCUCCUACAGAACAGAUGACAAGAGCUGAGUUCAUCAAGCCAAUUUUAGAGGAGAUAUCAGGGCAGGACUCAGAAUCUAUUGGCCUCUAUUCUUAUGUGGUUAGGACGAAGAGAAAGGAGAGAGUACAAAAAACACAUCAUAUUUUCUGGUGGGACGAGGUGAAAGAGCAAAGGCAGAGGGCGAAAAUGACCAGAAUCACAGCACAGGAAAAGAAAAAAGGACAGACAGCUGAACAGAAGCCACAGGAGGAAGUGAUACAUGAUUUGACGAUUAAUGUGGAUGACGAGGAACAAACAGAAAAAAACGAAAUUGAAGUGAUAGAUUGGCAAAAACGACAACUGUACAACCUACUUGACAGCCCAACUAAAAGCAAACUAGAGAAGUACUGGAACAAGGCAGAACAAAGCGUAUUAUUCUGGGAGGGAAAAGAGCCUGGAAGCGAAAUCACAAGGGCAGAUGUCAAAAUGCUCAUAAGCGAUCAAUCAAUAGCAAACAACUGGAUUGAUUGCUAUGGGGAAAUGUUGAAGGAUGAACUGCAAAACGAAAGUUCACAAAGUUUGGGAAGAUCUGCUUUUAUGCAUAGCAUGUGUUGGUAUUCGACAAUACAUUUAACUGUGAGAAACCUCCAUCAAUACUUGUGUGAGCCGCUGUUCCAAAACAUGGGAAAAUGCAGCAUGCUUUUCUUCCCAAUUACCCAUAAUGAAGAAUUUCACCACACGCUCUUGGUCUUUGACAAGGACAUACCGCAAUGGCUGCAUUUUGAUUCAAUGAAACCAAGAAGAGCAGGAACAGGGGAGUGCUUUAAAAGUAUAAAAAAAUUGGUUGAAAUGGUCGAGCUGUGGAUGAGAGCAGUGAAAGAUCAAGCAGAUGAUAUGCUGCAGCAAGGCUGCCGAAUGAAAUUUGACAAGAGUCAAAGCACUCACACAAAAUUAAAGAUGGUUGAAAGUAUUUUGAGCGAUGACGAAAUAAGAACAAUAAGCUGGAUAAAGGAAAAUUAUGAUGGUGGAAGGAUCCCUUUGAACCAUGCCAGAAUCUGCCCCCAACAAGACCAAAAAUCGUAA